GAUGAAUAAUUUUUUCGCGCUCGAGCCAGCUGAAGCGCGCGAUUUCGAGCCGGAAAUAGCUGGCGCAGUGUCUGGGUGACCAUCGCACCGCAGUACAGCCGAGAUGGGUGUCGGAGAAACAUCGAGCAAUAUCGCUCUUCAAAAUAGCACUCCUCCGGUCGUCACCGUUGAGUUCGAGGUCUACGGCAUCGUGCAAGGGGUCUAUUUCACAAAGUACUGCAAAGAUCGAGCUAAUGAACUAUGUCUUGGAGGCUGGGUGAAAAAUAGUAAGAGAGGAACGAUAGUUGGAAAACUGAAUGGACCCAAACCGUUUGUUGAAGAAAUGGUAACCUGGUUGACUCGAGUUGGUUCCCCCGGGAGUAAGAUUGAGAGAUGUGAGCUAACAAAUUUCGAGUAUCUCGCGCGACAAGAAUUCAAAAACUUCAGCAUUAGAUUCUAAAGCUGAGAGUUGCAAUAUUCACGGAGUAAUGGAAGUAUCAACCAUGCACGUUUCAAGAUUGGAGAAGUCUUAACAUUUUAAGAGAGGAUUCUCUUUUACACCAGAUCCCACCUUUUAUACAUAUCAAUAGGAAUAAUUAAUAUUCCAGAAAUCAUCAAUAUUACUUUGAACGGGAGAUUUUUUUAAACUUGUUAAUACUUUUAUUUAUGUAUGAAUGUUUUAUAUUAUUCUAUUAAUGGAGAUUCUUAGCUGUAAGAAGAAGAGUAUUUUCAAAGUUAUAAUUAUUUCUAUGUAUAAGUUUUUCGAUGUAAAUUCGAGAAAAUGUUGAUUUGAGUUAAUGUGAGAAAUAAAUCUAUUUCUCUCAGAUGUUGAUUUUCUCCUUUUAAUAAAUCUACAACGGUCAAAUUAUGAUCUGGAGACACAAACAUAUAUAUUAUUUAAAAGGUUUAUAAAGAGUAUCAAGUAUUUCAUCACUUUAUUUCUGGACUAAAAAUUGAAAUACAUGAACAAAAACAACGAUGCUCUUCUCUAUAUAAAAAUAGGAAUUAUAAAACCUCAAUAUGUUUUCAUAAAAUGGUUUUUUGUUGAGUGAGACGCCUACAUAAACUCAUAGCUCGAGCAUUUCUAAUGGGAAGGAUAACAAAAAUAAGGAGCAAUAAGCUUGAUUAGACUUCAGGAUACAGGUUAUUACUAGUCAAAUUCACUUCGCAGUACUGUAAGUACUAUCCUGAGGAAGUUAAUUUAUUGUAAAAUUUUAAAAGUUAUUACAGUAGAAACCAUGGAUGACAACAAAUUAAUAAUCAAACACAUAACUUAUAAAAUAUAUAUUUAAUUUAUUUGGAUAUCAAUUUAACAAUAAUCACGUACUGGAAAAAUAUCGAAGGUUUUACAAAUGGUUUAGAAUCUAAACGGAAUCUAAUGAUGAAAAAAGGAACUUGGCCAUCAAGUACACAAGCGUAAACAACAAUGGAAAAGUAUUACUAAUUAGUAUUAUUAAAUGGAUUAUUCUGACAAAUCAUCAGGAAUAGCUGAAAUUCUGCACGAUUAAGUAUUCAAUGAUUUCUAAGGGUGAAAAGAUAACUGGAAUUGUGCAAGCAGUAUCCAACUGUUUGAUGGAUACCAAUAAUAUUACGUAUUACAUUAGACAUGAGAAAGUAUUACUUCUGACAUUAUAAUACGUAAAUUGAAAUUAUCUACAAAUACGUAUGAAUUCCAACUGUCAAUCCAUUGAAACUAUUGCAUUUUAUAAGCAUAACAUCAAACUAGUAUUUUCGCGUUGGAAAAAUCUUCAUAUUUGUGAGCAUCAAAAUAAUUUUAUUGAUACAGGUUGGAAUAAUAUUUAUGAAUAACUAUUCUCAUUCUGCAAUGAGAAUAUAUUGGAACAUAUAGUUUAUGUAUUAUAAAAUGAGUAAAACCUUACUCACUUAAUAUCAGAAAGAAUAGAGUGCAUGUCCCUCCAUCUUUUCUCUAUGAUAAUACCUUGUAUAUUAUAAAUAUGUAUUAAUGUCUAGAUACUUUUAACGCUGUGAAACAAUAUCUCAGAUAAAUAAAAAUUAAUGAAUUCCAAAGAUAGGUGAUAGAAUGAGUCAACAGUUUUUCAAUGAAAGCUAAUGUGAAAUUUCACAAAAUAAAUCAAUGGAAUUCAGAACUCAGUGUAGAAUAAAGUAUGACUCCAUUAUUCCUUACAUUAGUAUUUUUUACACACUGUUCACAAUAGUAAGCAAAGAAUGUAAUAGAAACUGCAAUGUAUAUAUUCUCUUGAGAAUAUAGAACAGAGUUCUCAAAAAUCUGAUAAUGUCCAUAUAAUUUAAUCUUUGUCAAUUUCAGAGUUUCAAGUUCCAAACCUUGAACUUUUUUGAUGAGUAAACUAGAGAAAUUUACAAUGAAUUAGACUUAUAAAAAAUACACCCAUUCAACAAUAAUUUAAUAACAUUGAUAUAAUGUGAAAAUUCAAUAAUUGUAUUGUUAUUUGUCUUGUAAGAUUUAUUUCAAAUGAGAUAGACACUAAUUGAUUAUUCUCAACGUUAACUAUUAUAUUUAUGUGAACAUGAUUCUUAAUCUAUACUAUAUUCACUACAAUAAUGAAAUCAGUAAAACUGUAGACUAAAUCUAUUCAUACAACCAUUAACCAGCACCAUUAACUCUUAGAAUACUAAGCUGUACAUUCUCCGUUCUUCCAUACAAUAUUAUUCAAUAAUCCGAAAUUAUUUUUUCUUUCAAAACAAUUAAAACACUGGGAAAUAGUUGAACUUUUUUUAAUGCAAAUAAUUUACUGAUUUAGCCUAACCUACUAUAAAAUGAGUUGAUAAAUUUUUCCAAUAAAAAAUAUAAUGAAGUUGAA